CCCUGCUUGCUGAGCGAGCCAUCUGGAAUCCUCCUCUCGCUCCCCGUCACGUCUUCUCCGGCGAUUCCUCCUGCCGGCCGCCCCUGCCCCGCACCCCACCCCACCACUGCCGCCCGCCCCGAACCCCGGAGAAGAAUCGAGGCGGCGUCAACCUCUCUACCCUCCCCAUCGCCAUGGAGCACGCGCUGUGGUCGAGCGGGGCCAGCGACAAGAACAAGUCCAUGGUCGAGCAGCUGCGGAGGUACGGGAUCAUCCGGUCCAGCAAGGUCGCCGAGGUGAUGGAGGCCGUCGACAGGGGUCUGUUCGUGCCGCCAGGCGGCUCGCCCUACUUCGACAGCCCCAUGCCGAUCGGGUACAACGCCACAAUAUCGGCGCCGCACAUGCACGCGGCCUGCCUGGAGCUCCUGGAGAAGAAUCUUCAGCCGGGGAUGCGUGCUCUCGAUGUUGGAUCAGGCACUGGAUACCUAACUGCUUGCUUUGCACUGAUGGUUGGACCGGAAGGGCGAGCAGUUGGUGUUGAACAUAUUCCAGAGCUGGUUGCUACUUCUAUUGAAAAUAUAAAGAAAAGUGCAGCAGCUCCACAGCUAAAUGACGGAUCUCUUAGUAUACACAUUGCUGAUGGCAGGGAAGGUUGGCCAGAGCUGGCACCCUAUGAUGCCAUCCAUGUAGGAGCUGCAGCGCCGCAGAUCCCAGAGGCGCUGGUCGAGCAGUUGAAGCCUGGUGGCAGGAUGGUGAUCCCGGUUGGGACAAUGUUCCAGGAGCUCAAGGUGGUGGACAAGAAGUUGGAUGGCACAGUCAGCAUUAGAGAUGAGACGUCUGUGCGCUAUGUGCCGCUUACCAGCAAGGAAGCUCAAUUGCGCGCAAACUGAUUGCGCUUAAUGCACCACCUUGCCAGCUCAGGCCUUGGAUGAUUCGACUGAUCGAAUCAUUAUUGUUGUACAUAAAUUGAUCCUACUGUGUCUAGUGCAUGCACUUUUGAAAUAAUGUAAAAUGGUAUCUCAUCAUGAAGUGAUUGUUACUGUUCAGCUUUUGAUCGGUUUA